AUGAGAUCAUGUUUCCUAUGGUUAUUUCCGGUGUUUGUUGCAACUACUCUCGUUAAGAUAGAAAGGGUGAUGGGUGCCAAUAAUUUCAAACAUGAACAAAACAUUGGUACGGUAUUAUUUGAGAAAAGCGACGCUACUAAACAUUGCUGGACUACGGAGGAAUUUAUUAUUUUGAAUAGUCGACGAAUGUUUCAAGAUCUGUUACCAAAGGUGAAAGUCCUAAAUUAUGAGAACGACCGAUACAUCGCACUGCUGAUGGAUUACUUUCAUCUUUGUUUGGAGAGCGUGCGUAAACUGUCGAUAGGAAAAACGAAGCACCUGAUGCUGAAAGCCCUGGCGGAUACGAUGGGCGGCUACUUGCAGGUUUACAUUCUACCUCUCACCAGGCAUUCCUACUACGCGGGCAACAUAAAGUAUCGAAACGCUCGAAAAUUGUUCGAACUGUACGAACAACUGAAAGUCUUUUUACGAAGUAACGGCGCUGGCUGGUUGAAUCCCUCAAAAGAGAUAAAACAGACGAAAAUUUCACCGAUCGUGAUCACGUUGCCGAGAACUUCGAUCGCGUGCGACGGCAUUAUUACUUACUCUGCAUCUUCGAUUGGCAACAAAUGGGAGAUAAAACGUUUCACAUUCAAGCAGAAAAAGAAACACGCUCCGAGGCACAAAACUAAAAGUACAAGUUCUAGGCAGAAAGACGAAUCUGAUCGAAGCGAAGAAUCGAUCAUCAUCCCCCUUCCUUUCCUGGACGACGACACACAGCCAAAUAGUAUCGCGUUACCUUUUAAGAAGAACACGUUGCAGUCUCUGUACAGUGAACGAUCGAUUUUUGCAUUGGUUAAAUAUUACAUAGCUAGCGUGAAGUGCAUCGUUUCAAAGUCGAAAGCAAAAACCGAGCUGGAGACCUUUAAUCAGGAGUUUUACAAUUGGCUGCAGCAAUCCGUGCAACGGCAUCUCGAUGACGAAAAAUGGUAUCCGGCGUUCGGCGGUGUAUUAAGGGUGAUCGCCUCACUGGAAGAAGCUGGCGCUGGAACCGGUCCCACGAAAGGCGGAAAAAGCGGAAUCUAUCAAGUGAUGCCCAAAAUAGGCGUGGAAUCAACGGUUGAACCUGAGGAAGCUGUACUGCCUCUGUACAAAGAAGAGGAAACAGGAGUCACGCUGGGAACGACGGAAUUAAUAUCGAUUGCAGUGGUGAGCGCGUUGCUAGUCUGGUUACUGGUGGGCUUGAGCGUGGUCUGUUAUAGAUUCCUCAUGAAACACACGGACGAGUCUGUCCCCUGUGAACCGCAGGAUCCUCCAGUAGCUGUUCUGUACGACAAUAAGGAAUAUUGCGAAGCAGAUACAUGCGUAGCGCAAACGCCUCACAAAAGGUUGUUGGAAAGAAUGAAGGAUUGUUGGAAGAACAAAUUUGGCAAAUGUCGCGCAGGUUGUCAGGAUCGUAUGGACGAGGAACGUUGUUUAGCCGCAAUUAGUUAUACUAGCAAAGAUACGGUCGACGUUAGCAAUAGCAGCAGAAGUUAUCAGAAAAGAAAAAUGACCAAAUCGGUGUCAGCGACUUUAUCAUCUCAUCGAAAGGAACGUGUGCCCAUCAAAAAAGUUUAUUAUAGUUCGGAUGGCUCGUUAACCACGAAUACCGAGAGUCCUCGCAAACCAAGACAAUGAAAGAUUACAAGUUUUCAUUUAUCUUUUAAUAUCGGUAUAUUUUUUUAGCAUAUACGAUAAAUAC